CCAUCUUCCAACCCCGAAAAAGUAGCCCUUCUGCCGACAGGCUUCCGCUGUGCACCAAGGACCAAAUUCGAUAAGAUCGAGGAAUACGGGUUCCUAGCCGGGUCAUCAUGUCGAACGAAUCACCACUACCUCAACCGGUGAAGAACGUGGUUGUUGACACUGCUUCUCUUCCGGCAUCUUCAUCGGCAUCGGUCUGGGAUCGUGUCUCGAAAUGGGUGUCUGAGAAUAAGGCUCUUGUUUAUACCAUUGCUGGUGUCGCCGUGGUCGUGACCAGUGCGGGUGUUGUCUACUAUCUCUCCGACUCGAGCCGGCCGGCUCAAGCUCCUCAGCCUACAGAGAAGAAGAAGAGCAAGAAUCAGCGACGCAAGGAGAAGGAAAAGGAGAAGAAGAAGGCGGAAGAGAAAGAGAAGGCCAAGGCUGCUGCUGUCCAGGACGAGAACAAGAAGGCCGAAGAAGCUCCUGAAGAACUCCCCGAAGUUGACGAAGCUACUGUCGGACAGCUAUCGGAAGAGACACGGAAAGCCUAUGCUGCGAAGCUGAAGGCUGCCGGUAACAAGGCUUACGGCUCCAAAGACUACAACAAGGCGAUCGAACUCUACGGAAAAGCUAUUCUUUGCAAACCUGAUCCUGUCUUUUACUCCAACCGCGCUGCUUGCUACAAUGUCCUGUCCGAAUGGGAGAAGGUUGUCCAAGACACCACUGCUGCCCUUUCAAUGGAUAGCGAGUAUGUCAAGGCCCUGAACCGGAGAGCUAUUGCAUAUGAACACCUCGAGAAGUUCAGCGAGGCCCUUCUCGACUUCACUGCCAGCUGCAUCAUCGACGGCUUCUCCAACGAGGUCAGCCGUGUCGCUCUUGAGAGACUCUUGAAGAAGGUUGCGGAGAAAAAGGGUAAAGCGAUCCUGGAAGCUAAGGGCAAGAAGCUCCCUAGCCCGACCUUCGUGUCCAACUACCUCCAGAGCUUCCGUCCCAAGCCCCUCCCCGAGGGUCUCGCUGAAUCCGUUGAGUUGAGCGAGGAUUCUGGCAAGGGUCAGUUGCGCAAGGGUCUGCUCGCAAUGGCGCUGAAGACCGGUGAUGGCUAUGACGAGGCUGCCACAGCCUUCGAAAAGGCCCUGGAGCUUGGCGACCUUGGUGAAUUCGAAGCCCUUGCCCUCAAUUUGAGAGCCACCUUCACUUACCUCGAGGGCAAUGCUCAGGCUGCCCUGGCGGACCUCAAUAAGAGCGUUGAACUCCAGCCAUCUUUGGUUCAGAGCUACAUUAAACGUGCUAGCCUGCACCUUGAACUUGGAAACAAGGAUGCCGCUGCGGACGACUUUGAGCUCGCCAUCUCCCACAACAAGGACGACGCUGAUAUCUACUACCACCGCGCCCAGCUUCACUUCAUCCUCGGCGAAUUUGCCGAAGCCGCUAAGGACUACCAGAAGUCCAUCGACCUUGACCGUACCUUCAUCUAUUCUCACAUCCAGCUGGGUGUAACACAAUACAAGAUGGGAUCUGUCGCAUCCGCCAUGGCAACUUUCAGGAGAUCUGUGAAGAACUUCGAGGACGUGCCGGAUGUCUACAACUACUACGGUGAACUUCUCCUUGACCAGCAGAAUUUCUCUGAAGCCAUUGAGAAGUUCGAUAAGGCCGUAGAGAUGGAGAAACAGAGCAAGCCCAUGGGAAUUAACGUUCUGCCCCUUAUCAACAAGGCGCUCGCUCUGUUCCAGUGGAAGCAUGACUUCCAAGAGGCCGAGAAUCUGUGCCAGAAGGCUUUGAUCAUUGACCCCGAAUGUGACAUCGCUGUGGGAACCAUGGCACAGCUCCUUCUGCAGCAGGGCAAGGUCUCGCAGGCCCUCAAGUAUUUCGAAAGAGCCGCAGAGCUGGCUCGUACCGAAGCUGAAAUUAUCAACGCUAUCUCAUACGCUGAGGCAACCCGGACACAGCUCGAAGUGCAAGAGAAAUACCCUCAGCUCGCUGCACGCUUGCAGACCAUGGGUGCUGGCCUAGGUGGACCCCCGGGCCUGUGAAUUGAGACGUGCUUUCCUUUUUUUCUUUUUCCGCGUUUGAAGUGACCAAGAAGUAUAUGUUGGAUUAAUAGUGUUUGUCAUUUUUCCUUUCUCCCCACUUUCAUACCUCAGCUAGAACGAACAGGCGAUGGUUCAUGUCUGGCCAUGAUCCUUUUGUUUCUAGUCUCUUCCGAUACAUCUAGGGUGCCGGAGCCUUUCAUCUGCGCGUGUACUUACUAGCUUUGCUUCCCCUUCUUUUCCCCGGUUUCCAUAUCCUUUCGCGGUCCCCUUGUUCGGGUAAUACAAGGGUGGUCACUUUCAUAUUUGUUCUUUUUUUCUCCCUCUUCGUUAUACUUCACUUUCUUUCGAAUGCAGCACCGGGCUUUUUUUGUGUAGGAAGAAUGGCUGAAAUGAGCAGGAAAUUGCAACGAAGGCAUGUUCGGUGCCUGAGGCGUCAUGUUUAAAUGGGAAGAUGGGAAGAAAUCAUGUAUCAUAGCCAAUGGAAGAGUUGGAAGGGUGUCAAAACAGUCCUACCGUAUCUGCCUAAAUCAGUAAGCAAUUAAAGAAUCCAUGAUGGAAGUUUUGGUUCGCAUUUCUUGGAAUUUCAUUCAUGGUUUUGAGAGAGUGAAU